AUGGGGUACAACUUGUCUUAUGGAAAACUGCCAGUUCCCACAGAUGAUCGUCUGAGCCAAGACAACAGCACCGCGCCCAACUCCACCGCAGGCUCGCCCGGGAACUCCACACACAACGAAUUCACCACCAUCGUCUUGCCUGUGCUUUACCUCAUCAUCUUCCUGGCGAGCAUCCUGCUGAUUGGCCUAGCAGUGUGGAUUUUUUUUCACAUCAGAAAUAAAACAAGUUUUAUAUUUUACCUCAAAAACAUUGUGGUUGCAGACCUCCUCAUGACACUGACGUUCCCAUUCAAGAUAAUCCAGGACUCCCAGCUGGGGCCGUGGCACUUCAACUCCUUCCUGUGCCGAUACACCACGGUUCUGUUCUACACAAACAUGUACACCACGAUUGUGUUCCUGGGACUCAUCAGCAUCGACCGCUACCUGAAAGUAGUGAAGCCUUUUGGAGACUCCAGGAUGUACAGCAUCACCUUCACCAAGAUCCUGUCUGCCUGCGUCUGGGUUGUGAUGGCCUUCCUGGCCUUACCAAACCUGAUCCUGACAAACGGCUACCCAACCAAGAGAAACAUAGACGACUGCCUCAAGCUGAAGUCCCCCUUGGGCGUCAAGUGGCACACAGCAGUCAUUUACAUCAACACCUGCAUGUUUGUAGUGGUGCUGAUAGUACUGAUAGGAUGUUAUAUUGCCAUAUCCAGGUACAUUUACAAAUCGAGCAAACAAUUCAUUAGCUCGUCAAGCAGGAAGCGAAAGCACAAUCAGAGUAUCAGGGUGGUUGUGGCCGUAUUUUUCACUUGCUUUCUGCCAUACCAUUUGUGCAGAAUACCCUUCACUUUUAGCCAUCUAGAUAAAAUUUUAGAUGACUCUGCACAUAAAAUCUUGUAUUACUGUAAGGAAAUGACACUGUUCCUGUCUGCAUGUAAUGUCUGCCUGGAUCCAAUCAUUUACUUUUUCAUGUGUAGAUCAUUCUCACGAAGGCUGUUCAGAAAGUCAAAUAUGAGAACCCGGAGUGAGAGCAUUCGAUCACUUCAGAGCGUCAGAAGAUCAGAAGUGCGCAUAUACCAUGAAUACACCGAUGUCUGAAAUCACCCACACAGAGACUUUUGCUAAUUUCUGAGAGUGUUUGUAUAUGGUGUAAAUAAAACCUAUCUUUG